GCCGAGUGAGGAGCCGGUAUGUACCUACUAACCACUAUGGAGAAAAUGAUCGUUUUGCUGCCACUUCUUACAGCCUGUUUGUUACAUCGUGCCGCUGCCGCGACUGGACUUUGUGACAAGGAUCACUUCCAGUGUGGUGAUGGAAAAUGUAUUCGUGUACACUGGCUGUGUGAUGGGCAAUCUGAAUGUGAUGAUGGUUCAGAUGAGUCACUGGAGACAUGUAGGAAUAAGACCUGCAGUGCUCUUGAGUUCAGCUGUGGUGGCCGUGUUAACAAGUGUAUUCCCAUAUCCUGGCACUGCGACUCCCAAAAGGACUGUGAAAAUGGCUCUGAUGAGGAGAACUGUCCUGCACGUCUUUGCAAAGACCAUGAGUUCCAGUGCAAUGAUGGGAAUUGCAUCUCUUUGAAAUUUGUCUGUGAUGAUGAUAGGGACUGUGCAGAUGGCAGUGACGAGAAUGCAUGUCCAGAGCGGACCUGUGGACCUCACUUGUUCCAGUGUGCCAAGAGCAAGCUUUGUAUCCCACAGCUCUGGGCCUGCGAUGACGAUCCAGAUUGCCCUGAUGAAUCAGAUGAGUGGCCACAGAACUGUGGACGAUCUUCCACCUUUGCACCACCUAAUCCCUGCUCUAGUCUAGAAUUUCAUUGUGGCAGUGGAGAGUGCAUCCACAUGAAAUGGCGCUGUGAUGGCGGUGUAGACUGUCGGGAUCAAUCUGAUGAAGCUGGCUGUGCUGUGGCAACCUGUCGGCCAGAUGAAUUUCAGUGCAGUGAUGGAACCUGUAUUCAUGGAAGCUUCCAGUGUAAUAGGGAGUUCAACUGCCAUGACCAGAGUGAUGAAAUUGGCUGUGUCAAUGUGACCAAGUGUGAGAGUCCACACAAGUUCAAGUGCACAAGUGGUGAAUGUAUAAUGAUGGACAAAGUUUGUGACUCUCACCGGGAUUGUCGAGAUUGGUCAGACGAGCCUUUGAAGGAGUGUGGUGAAAAUGAAUGUCUGAAUGAAAAUGGUGGAUGCUCUCACAUCUGCAAAGAUCUGAAGAUUGGCUACAAGUGUCUCUGUCGUCCUGGUUUCAGACUAAUUGAUAAUGCAAAGUGUGAAGAUAUCGAUGAGUGUGAGAAUCCAGACACAUGCAGCCAAAACUGUAUCAACCUGGAAGGUGGAUUUAAGUGUGAGUGUAAGGAAGGCUAUCAAAUGGACCCAAUGACCAGGCAAUGCAAAGCUAUUGGUACAGUUGCCUACCUAUUCUUCACCAGUCGGCACGAGGUCAGGAAGCUUACCCUUGAUCGGAGUGAAUAUACCCAGCUGAUCCCCAGGCUGAAGAAUGUUGUGGCACUAGACAUGGAGGUGGCUGCAAACAAAAUAUACUGGGCUGAUUUGUUUCAGAAAAAAAUCUUCAGUGCCCACAUGGAUAAAACUGAGAACUCUUCCCAUCAUUCCACUGUGAUUGAAACUGAAAUCCAAGCACCAGACGGCUUGGCUGUGGACUGGAUUCACCAGAACUUAUACUGGACAGAUCUUGCAACCAGCACCAUCUCUGUAGCUAACACAGCUGGAACAAAGAGGAAGGUUCUCAUCAAAGAACAACCACUUUCAAAGCCCAGGGCCAUUGCAGUGGAUCCAGUUCAUGGCUUCCUGUAUUGGAGUGAUUGGGGCUCCCCUGCUAAGAUUGAAAAAGGAGGGUUGAACGGAGUGGACCGUAUGCCACUGGUCACUGAAGGAAUUGAAUGGCCAAAUGGAAUCACCCUGGACUUGGUGAAUCAGCGGCUGUACUGGGUGGACUCAAAGUUGCAUACUUUGUCUAGUAUUGGUGUUGCUGGAGACAACAGGAAAACCUUGAUCAUCUCCCCAGAGAAACUGACUCAUCCCUUCUCUAUAGCUUUGUUUGAGGACAAGGUAUUUUGGACUGAUAUGGAUCAUGAAGCCAUUUUCAGUGCCAACAGACUCACAGGGGGUGAUAUUCUAACAGUCAUUGAGAACCUGGAUGUUCCUCAGGAUAUUGUCCUCUACCAUAAUCUCCGACAACCCAAAGGUAUUAAUUGGUGUGAACAGAAUGGGCAAGUAAAUGGUGGCUGUGAACACCUGUGCCUUCCAGCACCACAAAUCAAUGUUCAUUCUCCAAAAUACACUUGUGUUUGCCCAGAUGGAAUGCAACUGGGACCAGACAUGAGAAAAUGUAUCCCAGCUACUGUCAUGCCUACCAAGUCAAGCACAGACAAAAGUGGUCCUAAUUAUGCUAAGUCCGUUACAACCAAAAGUACCACUACAACUAGGAAAAUGAACACCCAGACCGCCCAUGUUCCCUCCGACAACACUGUAUACUCAGCAGUCCCUACUCUCCAUGAGCUGCUCACUGUUUCACAUCAAGCAGGGGGUGAGGUUGCAGCUAAAGCUGCUACAGAAGGCCACCGAGGGACUAAUGCCUUAUGGAUUGUUCUACCUCUUGCCAUCCUGUCAUUGCUUGCUACUGCUGCUUAUUUCAUUUGGAAAAAUUGGAAAUUGAAGAACACCAACAGUAUUAACUUCGAUAAUCCAGUCUACCAGAAAACCACUGAAGAUGAUGAAGUUCAUAUAACCCGGAACCAAGUCGGCUACACUUAUCCUACGAGAGCUGUUGUGAGUUUAGAAGAUUAUGGUGCUUGAUACAAGAAGCCGGAUACAAAGUGCCUCAUGGAGUGAUUUGCUGCUUAUGCAUCUAGACUUUAAUUCUGCAGUUUGCAGAUAUCCUACAGUGCUGUAGAGUUGGGUGUUUUCAAAAAAAAACUCCUUCCACCCCCUCUUCUAAAAUAGCCACUCCGCGUGUAAGGUGUUUUCAGUUAGGUUAUCUUUUAAUUGUUUUUGCACUUGUGCUAUUACUGUGGAUUUUUUUUAAUUGAAGGAUUUUCAGAGAGCCUCUGGAAAUGACUGUGAGCUUUUAGUUUUUGUAAAGUACAAAACAUCCUUUUUGGGAUUUUUUUUUUUUUGCAAGAUGCCCUGGCUGACGACUUAUCUUUCAGAAGAAACUGGUGCAGUUUUGCUGAAUUACUGACUGAAGAGAAGGAGUGUGUGUGUGUGUGUGUGUGUGUGUGAUGUUUAAUCUGCGUUUUGCCUAAGCUGUUUCUUUGUAAAUUGCAUGCUUUCUCCAUGUACAGCUGCAUGCAGGGACAAAAGGCAAUUUUAAGCUGGCACUUCUGUCACCACAUUCUACAACCUCUUGAGGUCAACUUUUUUUAUAUUGAGUCUGGUGUUUACUUGACUCACCAGUGCUAGAAUUGUACAUAAUGCAUCAAAUUGGAAUACACUGGACUUUGUUAAAGGCUGUAUCAAACAGUGUGGAUUCUUGCCAUCCUCCCUGUACUUUUAUGGGGGCAUGUCUAUCCCUCACUACUGAGCCUGACUGACUUUCUUUCAAAGUUGGUGCCAGACCAUAAGCCAAGCUUGCUUUUGUUUUUUUUUGUGAAUAUGUGUAUAUACAUAUUGUAUAUUGUACAGGUGUUUUUCUUUUCAGAAGGAAUAGUUUUUAACUGCAGAGUUGGUGUAUGUUUUUUAAUUUAUUUAUCCAGUAUCUCAGCCUCUAGUCUGACUUUGUGCCACCUUGUAUAUUUCAAGGUGUUGGUGCUGAGUUUAAAUAUGUCCCCAGUCCAAUGUGCACAAAAACCUCUAUCUUCCUUCUGUCUUGUUUUUAAAAUGUAUGUUUACAGAAGCUGCUUUCUGACAGCCUAUCAGAAUGGAUUUGUCUUUCUACAUAGAUUUACACAAAGAGCAUAUAUUUAUUUAUAAAAAGAAACGAUUUUUUUAAAUGUUGUGAAAGUGGAGCCUGUUACAUUUGAAAGUCAGGCACCCACUACUGGCCAAGUAAAUGUAGGAGCCCUGCAAUCAGUGAGGUUUUUUAUGAUUAGCCUGAUCCAAGUACCAUUUUUAAUAAAGUAGUUGGUGUUCUACAUAAUGUCUCACUGCACACUUGCUCUCUCAUCCUCUCCAACUCCAUACAAUCUUCAGUCUGACACUGCUGCUUUGUGUGACUGAAGAGCCUGUACUCUUGAAGGUUUUCAAUGUCAAAUUCUGGAAAUGUAUGGGAAGGUGGCUAGGAAUUUGUAAAAUCACUGACCAGGCAAUAUCUGAAGCCUGCAUGUUUUCAGUAGUGGUGUGCUCAUGUUUAAGUGUCAAGUGGGUUCAGUCACUUUUAUUUGUUGUCUUUCUGUCUUUUUUGUGUGUGCAAAUGCCUUAUUACCUCUUGCCACAAAAUGUAGUGUCUCCCUUGACAUGAUUUUUGCCAUGUUUUUCAAUCUUAAGAUAUGAGUUUAUUGCUGUCUGUUUCAGUUUUUAACUGUUUCCCCACAACUGUGGGUUUUUUUUAAAAUUUCUGGCUACCUACUGAACUCUUUUUUUUUCAGCCCACUCCAUCUGUUCAGCAAAUGUUUGGGACCAUGUGAAUGAUUUUUUUCAGUCUAAAUCUUGGUGACUGUAUUUGUAAUUGUUUUGCCAACAAUUGACUAAAUAAAAUUUUCUGACUGUCAUGGUA